AUGUCCGAUUUUUACAGUAUCCUCACGCCUAGUUCUCAGGAACUUUUUACUGCCUGGGAAAAGAACAUAACAGCCUUGAAUGUGUAUCAGCUGUUCGGACCUGGAAAUUCCACACACUCCGUUUUAGCCAGGGUCAUUGACGAUAACGAGAAGGUUGUGCUGUCCAUAAUUCUUGAAACCACGGUUCCUGCUAUGGAAUGGUUAGACGCUUAUGUGACCAAGUGGGACAGUGAAGACGACAGUGAAGACGAGAGCGACGACGAUUACUUUGAUGACUUCGAGGUCGAGGAAUCAACAACAACCGAGACUACAGUGAGUGACUCUGUUUACCACUCGGCUUGA